GCCAUUCUCCUUGGGACGAAGAAGAAGGAGCGUCCACGAGACAAGCGUGGGACGAAGAAGAAGAAGAAGAAGAAGCGUGCCUACACGGGGCAGACGACGAAGGCGGUCUAAAGGAAUGGUGGAUUCCGGAGCGUUUGAUGUCUUCCAGGAACCAACAGUGACCGCCAGUGACACGUCCACAAAAGAGCGAACGGAACCUUCCCACCUUGACUGCAGCAAAACCGGUAUUGUAGUGGUAUUGUGCAUUGUCAUUGUUCUGGCCUUGGCCCUGGCAGCACUCAUCCUGGUUUUCACGAGAAACGCGGAACAAUCGACGCCGGGGGAAGCUGGGAUGGAGCCGACUCGCAAGUCCAUCACGCUUCCGAAACUCCGUCCGGGGUCUUCUGAAUACGUUACUGACGAUUACACAGACUACGACGUACCCGAGACGACUCGACAGGAACCGGCAGAAGGAACCACGCCCCUGAAAGAGUCGGGAAAGGUCUGCGACACCGAUGAUUGUGGGUUCAUCCGCGAGUACAUCGGGGCUCUGCUAGACACGGACGAAGACCCGUGUGGCAACUUCUUCUCGUUCGUCUGUGGAAAAGCUGACCGGCUGAGAGAGACCGGCAUGUACAUUGAUCCUGCUGCUACCGAAAUUAUGGGUGAACUAAACCUGACGAGAGCCAUACUAAAAAGUCUACGGACGGAAAAAAUCCCCAGAAACGGAAAAACUGCAUUUCAGCAAGCCGCAGCGCUCUACCAGCACUGCGAGGAUGAUGACAGCGAAACAUCCGCGAGAGUCAUCAGAGAUUUCUUAGCCGAACACCAUAUGGAUCUAGCAGGAAGCCUGUCAUUCGACCCCAUAGAUAUCACGGUCAAAUUUAUAUUUGAGAUUGACAUUUGUCCUAUUUUUUGCAUGAACUACUUUGGUUCGCAGGGUAGAAAUUAUUUCGAGCUGGAGUUCGCAAACGUAGCAUUAGUUACAAACGAAGACUACGUCAAUGAUACUCUUUCUUCUGUGUAUUCCGCAAAGCUACCUCCUAUCGCGGAAAACAUCACGGAGGCAACCCACAAUAUAUUUCUUCUCCCGACGCCAUAUGAUCAGAAAGAGGAGGACCGAGUGUUUGAAUUGUGGAGAAUAGGAUUAGAAAAUGAAGACGAGGCCCUUUCCAAAGUGUGGACUGAAGCUCUCCAGCGGUACACGACAUCUAGAGCGUUACAAAACUUGACCAUACAUAUGUCACCAUAUAGCUUUAUUUAUUUUCACAGCUUUUUUGGUGCGCGAAGGAGCCUUUCCGCAGAUGACAUCAUGUUAUUUUACGCCUGGAAUACUUUGCUGUUCCUCCACCGAAUUUCGGUGGGUCCAGAAAAGGCGUGCGAUGAAAUCAUUGUCCAGUACAUGCCGAACGCGGCUGGUUCUGCUGUAGUCUCCCACUUACUUGAAAGGACGAGGAUGAAAGGCGUUAUAGAAAUGAUCCAAGAAAUCAUCAGUGAAGUCGAGAAGUCAUUAAGAACCACAUUGUUGCUGGACGAAGAAACACGCGCUGGGGCCUUGAAGAAGUUAUCGAUGCUCGAGAUUAGAACGGGAUUGGCCCCAAAACUGAAUACAUCAGAGAAACUCAACAAGUUUUACGAAAAUCUUCCAGACUUAAACGGCCCUUACCUCUGGGACGUCCUAAACGUUAGCGCAUACAGGAACCAAAAGCGCUGGAAGCAUGCAUUGAAUGGUUUCCAUGAGUUCUACGUAGGAUGGGAAACCGACACCAGUCGUCCAUACACCAGCAAUGCGUUCUAUAGACCUCUGUUGAACCAUGUUACAUUCCUUGUUCCCAUGAUGUUGAAGCCGAACUUCAACUUGGGGGCCCCUCCUGAAAUAAACUAUGGUGCGCUGGGAUCUACAGUGAUUCAUGAGAUAAUGCACGGAUUCGACACAUAUGGCCGUCAGUACGAUCUCAACGGGACAAAAACACCGUGGUUCACCAAAAAGAGCAAUAAGACGUUCCAAAAGUGGGAGCUUUGUUACGUGAAACACAUCGAGAACGCUCCGAAAGCAAGAGGUUAUUCUAGGACUCCAUUGGAAUAUCAAGCAGAUGCCCUCGGCAUGAACAGUCUUCUAAAGGCGUACCAGAAGGCCGCAAAGAGGUCCAGUGUUUACCUGGGCAACGUGAAAGGUUUCACGAGGGAUCAGCUCUUCUAUAUUGCCAAGUGUCUGAUUUGGUGCGAGUAUGACUACACAGUUCUAACCCGGGGACUUCCUUCAUGGGAUGAAAGAUGCAACGUGCCUCUCAUGAACUCUGAGCACUUCAGCAAAACAUUUGCUUGCCGGGAGGACUCGCCCAUGAAUCCACCCGAAAAGUGUCCCUUCUGGUAGACAUUAAUUGCGUAGAGUUAAUUCUGGUACACUAUUGUGGUGUUUUCAUCGGCAUGGCGUUACAACGUAGUCUAUUAACACGUAUUGGCGGUUCACCGGGUCGACAUGUACCAGAUUUUGAUUAAGUGACCAGUGAUUAAACAUGGGAUAACAUGACGCA